AUGGCCGAAAACGAGGUGAGCGCGUACAUCGAACAGCGAAUUGUCAUCAAGUUUCUCAUGAAUGAAGGCGUGAAGCCAUCUGAAAUUCCCAGAAGGUUUCUGGCUCAGUAUGGCCACGAUACACUUAGCCGCAGCAAAGCGUUUGAGUGGUGCAAACAGUUCCGAGACAGCCGUACAGCAGUGCAGGACGAUCCCGACCGGGGCGGCUCAGAGCCCAGAGUCAGAGUUCCUGAGAACAUCCAACUUGUGGAGCGCCUGAUCCUCAAGGACCGACGGAUACCAUGUCUCGAGCUGGUUCGAAAGACGGACUUUUCUGUGGGAACGUUGAACACUAUCAUUCAUGAACACCUCCACGCAGUUUCGAAAAGUUCGUGCCCGUUGGGUCCCGAGGCAGCUCUCCGUGUCUGA